AUGAAAUACAAACAAGUUUCACCUGGAGAACCAUUAGUAAAUAACCACUCCUUUGAAUAUCCUCAUGCAAAUGGUCAAACAACAUAUAGCGGAAAAGAAUCAAAAAAUAAACAAGAACUUACGGAUCCUACUAUCACUGCGUUUGAAUACUUCAUGGGUAGCAAUGCAGCUAUGCCGAAUGUUAAAUAUUUAAAACAUGAAAUUUUUUUUCUGUGUUUGGAAGUGAACAGCUCCACAAAUUAUAGAAGGAAGUAUAGGGAAGACCUUGAACUAUUUUUUAGCCAACCGGAAAAGGUAGCAAUCAACGUUAUGUUUGACUUGUCCUUUAGUGUUGAUCGAAUACUAUCAAUCUUAAAUGUAAUCAAUGGUUUAAGUAAUUCAACGCUAUUCAAAGUCAACAAGAACCAAUCGACAUCAAAGUCUACAAGACAAGCUAUGAAUCAUAUGUGGAGAAAUCCGAACACUUCACUUCUAUCUAAAAAAUUAUUAUCAUCACUAAAGGAAGUACACAGUAAUAAUAAUAAUCACUAA